AGAGAACGGGAACAAGGAAGUAAACAAAGUCUACGCAGGGAUGAGCAAGUUUUUGUAGUGCCGUGGAAGUGGCCUUUAAAAAGCAGUUCGCUCGGUUACAAAGUACACCGAACUACCCUGUUGUUUUGUCACUUAGUGAAAGAAAGUUCAUUUAAAAGGACGAGGCGAAUAAACCACAUCAAAAGCAGAUGUGCCGUCAGACAAUCACGGUGUAGUUCGCUGCUUUUGACGGUCUUUCAGUGACUGUAAACUUGAAUUUCACCAUGAUGGCGAGCCGAAACAACACAGCCAGUGCUGCUCCAAACAAUAAGGUGAAAUACUCCAGGCUGGCAGACAGUGAUGAAGGCUACAUUGAUCUACAGUUUAAGAAAACACCGCCUAAAGUACCCUACAAGGCUAUUGCGCUGGCAACGUUCCUAUUUCUGGUCGGCUCUGUAUUGAUUGUUAUUGGAUCCCUUCUUUUGGCAGGAUACAUUCAUGUUAUGUACCCAGAUCGCACGAUUCCAGUUCUCAUCAUCGGCAUACUGAUCUUUCUUCCCGGAUUCUAUCAUCUGCGGAUCGCUUAUUAUGCCUCCAAGGGUUACCGCGGUUAUUCGUACGACGACAUCCCGGAUUUUGAUGAUUAAUCGGGUUUGAUGAUGGAUCUGGUCAUACUGAAUGAUGUUACUUUUGUGUGUUUUUUGCGGGUGUUGCAUGAUUUGCCUUUAGACUUUCGUUCUGCGGCACACUGCGCUUUACGCAGCUAUCUUUAUUUUACCAAAAGAAAACAUAAGUGCAAUAAUAAGAAAAAUAGAGUAUUUAUUUAGCUAAAUGCAUAAAAGGCCAACGAGAAAUAUGCUGAUAUUUUCAGAGCUUUUGGAAAACUCGAAAAAGUAUUGUUUUAGAAGCUCGAAAAUGCAUUUAUCUGUAAUGGAGCAUGUUAUUUACUUUAUAUGAACAAUCAGCCAAAUGCUUGGAUGCAUAUUUUUAUGCCAAAGAGGAAAAUAACAUACAUUUUCUUUAAAAAAGCAAAAAAUCUAAUGAGAUGGUCUGUGAGAUAGAGAAUAAACGUAGCCAAAAAGGAA